AUGUGCUCUUCCUCAACCUAUCCCACAGAGGCUGGAACCGCAAUCUCCACAUUGUACGCCAAUGACCCCGGGACAACUGCAAACGCGAUUAUCAACGCCCUUGAGAAAGAUGGUGCAUUGAUUGUCAAAGGCAUAGCGUCCAAGUCUCUAUGCGAACAGAUAAGAAGUGACCUGAAACCACUUUUUGACUCAGACGUCAAAGAUGACUCUGGCUUCUUUCCUCCUACCACCAAGCGAGCAACCGGUUUCUUUGCUACCUCAGACGCAUGUGUCGAACUAGCCAUAAACCCUCUCUUCCAAUCCGUUGCAGAAAGAGUCCUGGGUAGUAAGUACACGUACUGGGAAGGUCAAGAACAGUUGACAGUCUUUGGAAAGCCGUAUAUUGCUAGUGCUGUUGGAUUUCGCGUUGAGCCCGGUGGGAAGCAACAGGCUCUUCAUAGAGAUGACUCAGAUUAUCAUCCUAGGAACUGCGACAUGCCCGUCAUGCUCGGUUGUGCUUUGACUAAGACAACGAAGGAGAAUGGCGCGACUAUUGUCAUCCCAAAGAGCCAUCUUUGGGGUCCUGAUCGAUGUCCACUAGAUGAGGAGGCAAUCCCUGGAGAACUGGAAAUUGGGGAUGCUAUGCUCUUCCUGGGCAACGUCUAUCAUGCAGGCGGAGCCAACACCACCAAGUAUGUUUAUUGUACCUUUGUUAGUAUCAUGCAAGCUAACAUGGAAAGGGAUGACGCUCGAGAAACUAUCGGCAUCUUCAUGUGCAAGGGAACCCUGAGGCAGGAAGAAAACCAGUUCCUAAGCAUCCCCCCAGAGGUUGCAAAAGGCCGGAAUCUUCCCCCGAAGAUGCUCAGAUUAUUAGGGUAUGGCAUUUGUCCACCGGCCUUAGGCUUCUACAAAUAUCGGGAUCCGAUGAAGGUCAUCUUUGGAAUCGAGGACGAAGAGACUGUCAAGAAGUAG